GCUCUUCAAUGUAUUUAUAGGUGUACUGUGGCAGUUUAAGUAGUAUUUUUAUAUGAGGAAAACGAUGGGACUUGGGAUUUCAGAAUCCAAGGUUGUCCAUGUUGUUGUUCUUGUCAUUUUCGUUUUGAAUUGCUUCACCCAGUUUGGAACGGACGCUCAAAUUUUGCCACAAAAUGAAGUGAAAGCUCUUGAAGCAAUAAACUCAAAAUUAAAAAACCUAAAUUGGAAGAUCAAUGAAGAUUUCUGCAGUAUUAAGGGAAAUGUCAAGAGAUUCAUUACAGAAGACAUGCUAAGCAUGUCACAUGCAACUGUUCUCUCAGCAGAGGCACUGUUUGCAGCAUCACACACAUUCAGCUGAAGCGUCUUAAUCUAAGCGGAGUUCUACCAUUUAAUUUUGGAAAUCUUACUAAUCUACAAGA